AAAAUAUAUAUAAUUUAAAUUUUUAAUCAAUUUUAUUAGGAUUUUAAAUUUAAAAUAUAAAAAUUGUUGGAAUUUAUAUACGAACCUAAAAAGCGUCAAAUCUGCAACUUUAACUAACUGUAAAAUAAUAAUUGUAAAUAAAAUAUUAUACAAAAAAAAUAUUAAAAUGUAUAAAAAAGGAGAGAUAUAUUACUAAUAAUUAUAUCAUUUUAUUUAUAGCAAUGAUUAACCCAUUCAUUUAAAAAUGUAGCAAUUUGCAUUGUAAACAAACUGUUGAAUAACUAAAAUAUCCAUUAGUAUGUAAGCGAAUGCUCUAAUAACCUACUAGAAGAGUCAAGCUAUUCAGAACUUUCACUUUACGAUAGGGUAUAGAAUUAGCUCAAUUUAUGACCUAGCAACGAAAGCGUUGUAAUUUGGGAUAUUAAAGCCCUGAUUGCUGCCAUGGCAACGAAGGCUUAGCAAUGAUUUUAUUCAUCCAUAAGAAUUAAAAAAAAAAACUGAUUGUUGUCAUGGAUACGAAGGCUUAGCAACAGGGUUUAUUAGCUUGUUUUUCGUUCCUUGACAAUUUUAUUGACCAAAAAAAAGAAUCUUAGAAACUCCUGAGUAUUGUACCUUAAACCCUCUAAGCAUGUGCAAAAAUACUACAAGUCACGAUGUGGUCGAAGAAUUUGUUAAUUUGUGUUUAUUUCUACGUCACAUAUAAUUUGUUCUACACGUGUGUAAAUAGCAUCGAUGCACCCUAUAUACAUAUACCCGGAAAUGGUAUUAUAUCUGGGACAUAUCUGAAAAUGUAUCGAACUCAAAAUAUUAAAGCAUACUUGGGCAUUCGGUAUGCACAUGCUGCAAGAUUCUCUCCGCCCGACAUUGAAUUGCCGCCAUGGAAAGGCGUUUUCAAUGCAACCUCCUUCGCGCCCAGCUGUUGGCAAAAAGCGCGCGUCCCAACAAAUGCCCAGCUCGAUAAAGUAUUGGAUGUUCUUUCGGGAGAUAUGCCUAAUGAGAAUGGUGCAAAAAAAUACGAUGAGAACUGUUUGCAUUUGAAUGUUUAUGUACCUGACGGACUACCUGAAGUCGAUGGAUAUGCUGUAAUUGUUUGGAUUCAUUCCGGGAACUUUACAACGGGCAGCCCAAUUGACAUUGAACCAUUUCAAUUGGUUUUUAAGCAGAAAGUUAUUGUUGUAACAUUUUCGUAUCGAUUAAAUAUAUUUGGCUUCUUUUCGACGGAUGACGGCGAAGCUCAAGGAAAUUUUGGAUUGAUGGACCAGUCGGCUGCACUAUAUUGGGUUAAGAAAAAUAUCAAUUAUUUCGGUGGUGACGAGAAUCGGAUCACAUUAAUGGGCCACGAUGCUGGUGCAAUUAGUGCGGCUUUGCAUAUGACGUCGGGGGAGUGGUCGAAGGGCGCUUUUCAUAAAGCAAUUAUAAUGUCUGGAAAUCCCCUCGUCCCUGUUCGAUUUCCACAUGAAUUCAACAAUGAUUUGGAUAGGAUAUCAAAUAUUUUCGGAUGUGCUCGAAGACCAACGUCGCUAUUAAUUCAAUGUUUAAAGAGAAUCGAUGCAAAAAUAAUAACCGAGAAUCUGCCGUCUAUUCAGUGGGGUCCCAUUGUCGAUUAUGGACUAAGUAAUACGUCAUAUCCAUUUAUCGAAAACCAGCCGGAAAAUCUAUUCAAGAGUGGAACUUAUCACAAAGUGCCACUGAUUGUUGGCAUUACGGAUAUGGAGGAAGUUCUUACACUUUUAGAUGAGUAUAUUUCUACUGAGCUAACUACGGAGGAUAUCAAAAGCUUCUUUUCCGACAUUGCAGUAAAUGAUAUCUAUAAAGUAACCGGAAAUAACGAAUGGUGUACAAACUUCCCCAUCGUUUCUGAUGCUAUUAAUUUUAUGUAUUCCGAUGAAAACAGCGAGGAAGAAAUGAAAAUUAAUACAAAUAUAAUCAAUUCUCAUACGGAAAAAGCAUAUUUAACUCCAUUGGAAACGUUUAUAGACAUCGUCAGUAAGCAUCAGACUGUUUAUAGCUAUAUAUUUAAGUUUCGAUCCAAAACUCUAAGCUCUGAUCUACCGAAUUGGAUUGGAGUGCCGAAGUAUUUCGACCAGAUAUUCGUUUGGGGUAUUCCCUAUGUGGGCAAUGUUGUGGAGUGGAAGCCCACUGAUAAGAAAAUGGCAGACAUUGUUAUGACACUGUGGGCGAAUUUUGCGAAAGCAUCGAAUCCUACAAAGGCCAAUGUAUAUGUGAAAUGGAGCGCUAUGGAGCCGCCCAGAUAUUCAUACUUGAUAGUUGAUGAAAGUUUCAAUACUGGUUAUCUCUCGGACAAUCGUCGCGUACAGUUUUGGAAAAAUUUGUAUCCGAAAAUUGUCAAUUUUGCAACAGAAUGCUGUAAUUCUACAAACGGAGGAACAACUAACUUAAUCCCUUAUAUAAAUCACUUAGCUAUAUGUCUAUCAUGCCUUAUAUGCCUUGAUAUAUAUGUACAAAUACCUAUAUUAACAUAUUUUUAAUAAUAUUUACAAGGAUUAUAAAUAGAUCUACACCAUUGACAGACCAUGAGAUAAAUUAAUAAAACCAUUAUUACGAAUAAUUGAG